UCAUGGCUGAGAUGUAGCAGACAAGCAUGUCCUUGAUCAUUCAUCACAGCCUUUCUACUGUCCCCGCAGUCAGAGGGCUGCCUCGGCUGCCUCUGCUCCUGCCUCAGACAAUCUGCAGCUUCAUCUCAGAUGGUCCCUCCCUGGGAGACACGGAAACCAAUUCGGUGGCCAAGGGGAAGUACUUAGGGGAUCUGUGAUGCUAGCUCUCUGUCCCAUGAGCCAAUCCUCACCUAGUCGCUCAACAAACAUUUCAUCGUGCUGGCUGGGCUUGGGGGAUUCAGCAAUGAGCAAAGCAGACAGAAGCCUCCAAUCCCCAUGCUUUUUCCUGUCUAGGGGCAGAGGCAGGCUUGGAACCAGUACUCACACUUGUAUGAGGUCCUAAUGGCCAUUGUGAUCAGGGCUUGAAGGAGGUCGGGGGCGUGCAGCUUGAUGGUGUAGACUCUGGAGCCAGAUGGCCUGUGUUUGAAUCCCAGCUGCACCACUUACAGGCUGUGAAGCUUUGGGCAAGAGACCAGAGCCCUCUCCCUCCCAGUUUUCUUCACCUAUUGAAGGCAGAUAAUGACAGAGCCUACCUCCUAGCAUUGAAGUGAGACCUCAAAACAUGCAGAGUGCUUAGAAUGAUGCUUGAUACAGAGUUGAGAUAGAAGUGUGUGUGUCAGGGGGAAAUGCACAGAUGCCUUGAGAGGUGGGUGACACAGGGCCAGGACAGUGGAGGCUGCUUUUGGAAGGGACAUUUAUGCUGGAGCCCUACAAAUGGGGAAGAGUUAGCCCAGCCAUGAGAUGGGGCAAGAGUUUUGUGUGACAAGAGGGUCUGUCUGGCCAGUGCAAAGACCCGAAGGUGGGGAAAAGUAUGGCAUGUCCCAGGAAGAGCAGGAUGACUAGAAGAUGGGCUACCAAGAAAGUUAUCGGUGAACCUUGCCAAUUGCCUGUUAUGCUGAAAUGGGACUCCCCUCCUCCACCAAAUUACAUCAAGGAGAUACUCUAGGAUGAGAAGCUGGCCCAGCUGCUUGGGGAUUAGGAUGGAGCAAGCAUCUCUCUUCUUAUUCAGCAAGACUUAACUCUCGGCUAUCUGUGAUUCCUCCUCUUUCUGCAUCCACAGCUCCAAAUCCAACAGACUUUCACUAAUCUUUCAGGACCUUCUCAAUUGAGGACUUGCAUAAAGUUAAACCAUUUUGACUUUGGGAAGCUCCCGAAUUGGCCUCAGGUUAUCAUGAGGAUGAUAAUAGGAACAGUAGCAAACACUUCUGCAGCAUGUGACUAUAUACUGGUGACUGUUCUAAUUGCUCACUCCUGCCCCGUGUAGAAGUUCCUCAGCCAGGGACUGAACCCACACUGGACCCACCUGGACCUGCACUCCAGGUGCCGCUGUGCCGGAUCUUUAGACAGUUGCACCACAGAGAACUUCCGCUCCCACGCCGAGAACUGACUCAUUCAAGCUUCCCAGCAACCCCUUGCGACCCUCUUCCAGAGCCCAGAGGAAGGCUGGCAGCUGUACACCUCGGCCCAGGCUCCUGAUGGAAAAUGCAUCUGCACAGCUGUGAUCCCUGCACAGAGCACUUGCUCUCGAGAUGGCCGGAGCCGGGAGCUGCGGCAGCUGAUGGAGAAGGUUCAGAACGUGUCCCAGUCCAUGGAGGUCCUUGAGUUGCGGACCUACCGUGACCUCCAGUACGUACGCAGCAUGGAGACCCUCAUGCGGAGCCUGGAUGCGCGGCUCCGGGCAGCCGAUGGGUCCCUCUCGGCCAAGAGCUUCCAGGAGCUGAAGGACAGGAUGACCGAGCUGUUGCCGCUGAGCUCAGUCCUGGAGCAGUACAAGGCCGACACGCGGACCAUCGUCCGCCUGCGGGAGGAGGUGAGGAAUCUCUCUGGCAGCCUAGCAGCCAUCCAGGAGGAGAUGGGCGCCUACGGGUACGAGGACCUGCAGCAGCGGGUGAUGGCCCUGGAGGCUCGGCUCCAUGCCUGCGCCCAGAAGCUGGGUUGCGGGAAGCUGACUGGGGUCAGUAACCCCAUCACCAUUCGGGCCAUGGGGUCCCGCUUCGGCUCCUGGAUGACGGACACGAUGGCCCCCAGUUCGGAUACCCGGGUCUGGUACAUGGAUGGCUAUUACAAGGGCCGGCGGGUCCUGGAGUUCCGCACCCUGGGAGACUUCAUCAAAGGCCAGAACUUUAUCCAGCACCUGCUGCCCCAGCCGUGGGCGGGCACGGGCCACGUGGUGUACAAUGGUUCCCUGUUCUACAACAAGUACCAGAGCAACGUGGUGGUCAAGUACCACUUCCGCUCACGUUCCGUGCUGGUGCAGAGGAGCCUCCCGGGGGCCGGCUACAACAACACCUUCCCUUACUCCUGGGGCGGCUUCUCGGACAUGGACUUCAUGGUGGACGAGAGCGGGCUCUGGGCCGUGUACACCACCAACCAGAACGCGGGCAACAUCGUGGUCAGCCGGCUGGACCCUCACACCCUGGAGGUCGUGCGGUCCUGGGACACCGGCUACCCCAAGCGCAGCGCCGGCGAGGCCUUCAUGAUCUGCGGCGUGCUCUACGUCACCAACUCCCACCUGGCCGGGGCCAAGGUCUACUUCGCCUACUUCACCAACACGUCCAGCUACGAGUACACGGACGUGCCCUUCCACAACCAGUACUCCCACAUCUCCAUGCUGGAUUACAACCCCCGGGAGCGGGCCCUCUACACCUGGAACAACGGCCACCAGGUGCUCUACAAUGUCACGCUCUUCCACGUCAUCAGCACCGCUGGGGACCCCUAAGCGCUGCCACGCGAGGGCGAGGGCUGCGGGGUGGGAUGCCUGUGUCCCUCCAAGUUCAUCUCUCUGUCUCUGCCGUGCCCUCUUGCUCUCUCCCCGUCUCCCCUCCUGUGCUGUUUUUUCUCUCCCCGAGUGCCCAGCUGUCAAUCUCUGCCUGUUUUUCUAUCGGUGCGGUUUCUCAAUGUUGUCUCUUCUCCUUUCCGGAUCUGAUUUUGAUACUUGGCUCUGUCUUUCUGCCUUUUUAUUGAUGUCCCUCUGUCUCUUGCUUUCUAUCGAUCUGACUCUUCAGCUCUUUCCCUAUCUCUGCCUGUCUGUCUCUCUUCCAUCCCCCUACCCUCUCUGCCUCCCACCCAGUCCCCGCCCCUCCUCCUCCUCAUUCCACGUCCCCUCCUCUGGACCCAAGGAGUUGAGUGCAUGGAUCUGUUUCUUUCUUUUUUAAUUUACACAUUUUCUUUCCGGGUUGCUGGAAUAAACGGGACCUUUGACAUUU